GAAAGAUAAGAAGAAAAAAAGAAACGACCAUGAACGCAAUCAAGAAGCGUCUUCAAACUCUCAAGGUCGAAAAGGACUUGGCAAUGGACAAAGCGGACACUUGCGAUCUGCAGGCCAAGGAGGCGAACCGUCGCGAAGAAAGGCUUCGUGACGAGGUACGAGAUUUGGAGAAAAAGUUAGUGCAGAUGGAGCACGACUUCGAAGUGAGUAAAACUUCGUUGGAAAAGUCGAUCGCAAGUUUGGAGCAGAAGGAGAGAGCGUUCAUGGUGGCACAGUCGGAGCUUGCGAUAUUAAAUCGUAAGAUGCAGCAGUGUAUGGCGACUUUAGAAAAAACGGAAGAGCGACGUUUGAUAGCUCAGACUAAAUUGAGUCAGGCGACGGAAACGGCCGAAGACGCAAAACGCAUCUGCAAGGUGUUGGAAAACAGAAGCAAAUUGGACGAGGAACGGAUGGAUCAGCUGACGUCUCAGCUGAAGGAAGCAAGAUUAAUCGCGGAGGAUGCCGAUUCGAAGUCCGACGAGAUCGCAAGGAAGCUGGCCUUCGUCGAGGACGAGCUUGAAGCUGCAGAGGAUCGUGUUAAGUCUAGUGAGGCGAAGAUCGUUGAGCGUGAGGAUGAACUCUUCAUAGUCGGGAACAUCCUGAAGUCUCUGGAGGUGUCUGAGGAGAAGGCCAAUCAGAGAGUCGAAGAGUUUAAGAAGCAAUUGAAAGAACUGAAGGCCAAGCUGAAGGAGGCAGAGAAACGGGCAAUUACGGCGGAGAAGACCGUAAAGUCCUUUUUGAAGGAAAUGGAUGCGAGGGAAGACAAUCUAUUCAAGGAGAAGGAAAAGUACAAAUACAUCUGCGACGAUAUGGAUUCUACUUUUGCCGAACUUACCGGUUAUUGAGACGUAGCAAUUGUAUCGUUCUGUUUCUUAUAUCAUUCAUCUCUUUUUUUCUUCUUA